AUGCCUAUCGGAGUCGCUAUUAUUGGAAGCGCAAAACAGCCAGCUGUUCAAGCUGCGACAAACUUUGAGCUCAAGGCCAUCUAUUCCCGGUCAUUGAAAUCUGCCCAGGACCUCGCCAGUACCACAUCCCGAGUUGAUCUCUACUCUGAAGACUCGGGAUCUGGCAAGUCCUACGCCGAUAUCCUGGCUCGUUCAGAUAUCGGCGCUGUGAUCAUUGCCCUUCCCAUUCUGGUCCAGCCAGACUUUAUUAGAAAGGCUUUGUUGGCUGGCAAGCAUGUUUUGUCCGAGAAACCCAUCGCGAAAGAUGUCGCCACAGCCCAGGAGCUCUUGCAAUGGUACAAGAGUAAUAUCGAUACUAGCAAGAUUUUCUGGGCCGUAGGCGAGAACUUCCGGUACCUGACCAAAUUCCUCUUUGCGGCAGAGCAGGUCUCCAAGCUGGGCAAGGUCAAGAACUUCCGGGUCAAUGUUCACAGCUUGAUGAAUGCCGAGAACAAGUACUUCCAAACUGCCUGGCGCAAGACUCCCGAGUACCAGGGUGGAUUCCUCCUGGACGGUGGUGUGCAUAUGACGGCUGGUCUGCGCAUGCUUCUGGGCUCAGAGCGUCUUAGCAUUUUGUCGGCGCAAUCACAACUGCAGCAACCGUCCCUGCCACCGGUUGAUACCGUCGACGCCGUUUUGAAGACCGAGUCUGGUGCUACGGGUAUUCUUUCCCUAUCAUGGGGAUCUUCAUUUAGCGAUCAGAUCUUCGAAGUUUCUUGUGAGAAAGGUGUCGUCACAUUGAACUUCGAUGAUGUGACAGUCAACGGCACGAAGCAUCACAUUGAGUUUGAUCACAAGGGUGUUGCGCCGGAGGUGGCGGAAUUUGCGAACUCGAUCUUCAACGGAAGACCUGCUAGCAGACAAUCUGCCGAGGAAGCGUUGGCAGAUCUUGAGAUUUUGGAGCAGAUGUUGCGAAGUGGCGAGAAGGACGGUGAGAAGGUUCAAUUACAUUUGCAGUGA